CUUCGCUAACCCAGCGUCAGUGUUCUCCGGCCUCGCAUUCAAGAUGGGCGCCGACAAGCCCAACGGCGUGGUCAACUACUGCCGAAGACCACCACAGCGGCCCUUUCUGCAGAGAAUCCAGUAUGGUAUCUGGAACCCGGAGGAACGAACCUUCUUGGGGAGGACGCCGCAUCGAUGGGGAGUGAUAGGCCUGAUCUACCUGGUGAUGUACAUCUGCAUCAUCAUCUUCUUCUCCAUCUGCAUGUGUGGUCUGAUGGCCACCAUGGACGACAAGAUCCCCUACUUCACGCUCGCUGACUCCAUUAUUGGUGCUAACCCUGGCAUGGGUCACAGGCCACUGUUGUUUGAGGAGGGGGCGCUGAUCUGGUAUCACGCUGACAACGAGACUCAAGUCAAGAAGUAUGUUGACAACAUCAACGAGUUUCUUGCACCUUACAACAACAAAACCCUGCUCCCCAACCAGGGUGAGAACCAGCUGGAGUGCAGCGACGUGAAGCCGCCACGAGCUCAGGUGUGCUCCUUUGACACCAGCAGCUUCGGGCCCUGCUCCAGCGAGAAUAACUUCGGAUAUGCUAACAAAACUCCUUGUUUAAUUAUUAAGCUGAAUAGGUUAUAUGAUUGGAAUCCUGACUUCUACGAUGAUCCCGGUGACCUACCCCCUGAUAUGCCGCCUGACAUAAAGAACUAUAUCGUUAACGCGACUGCUAAGCAACGUCGCAAAGUAUGGGUGUCGUGCAUGGGCGAGAGACCAGCUGACGUGGAAGCGCUAGGUCCUCUCCGGUAUUACCCGUACCCUGGGCUGCCGGAGACAUUCUUCCCUUACGAUAACACUCCUGGAUACCUGAGUCCGUUAGUCGCUGUGCAGCUUUUGAAUCCUACACUGCAUCAAAUAAUAAACAUCCGUUGCCGUGCGUGGGCACGUAACAUCGUGUACACCGAGAGUCUGAAGGAGCGCCUCGGAUCUACUCAUCUUGAGAUCAUGAUCGACUGAAAUGGACCAAUUUGUGGGGGGGAGGGGGAGUGUUGUGGAGUCACAGUAGACUCACCAGUUGUGGAGUCAUAGUAGUAUCAGUUCUCACCAAGUAUUUUUACUAAUGCCUUCAUUCAUUUCAUUGAUUCAACCAGGUAUAUCUGUGGAUUCAACCAACCAUCGGAUUAAUUGUCGCCCAACAGUUUAUGACUCCUGUGGCCACUGAAUGGAUUAGGUAAUUUUUUUUACAAUCGCCAUAGAAUAUCUUAAAAUAUAUGCGAUAGGAUUUAAUAUGAUUAGGUACACACCCGAUAUAACGGCUGUGUCGUUCACAAUCACAUUAAAUCCUAUCGCAGAUACUUUAUGAUAUUCUAUAGCGAAUUGUAAAAAAAGUAAUCUAAUCCAUUCCAAUGGUUUAACCACAGGAGUCAUUUUUCGUUUUUAUAAUUUACAACAUCAUGUGUAAAGCAGAGAUAAAGUUAGGAGUAUUGAAUGUUUUGAUCAGUUGACAGCUGUCAGUUUUCAAGGGAGAAUUUCAGUUGUUUGUAAUGACUGACUUUUAUAUGGUGUUCUAAUUUUCGCACAUUUUUAUUCUAUUUACUUUGUUUGAAAAAUUCAUUUUUUUAUUUUUACGUAUUUUUCUUUUUCCUUUGUGUCAAUCAAUAUAUAUUAACCAGUAUAUUGACGCAUUUUAUUUAAUGUGAUUAUGAACGACACUAUGUAACCAAUCAUGGUAAUUGAAAGUAUACAGUAUAGUUUUUAAAUUAGUCUAGUCAUCUCCUCAGCAUGGGUUAACACUCCCCCAAUUAGCACUAAUUACUUUAUGUGUCUUAUACGUAUACAAGGUAGCAAAAUACAUAAUAACGUCAUCUAGAUCAAUUUAAUUUUUUUUUAUACUAUUAUGACCAAUAUUUCUAUGUCCUUUUUAAACUCUUCUAUCAAAUUAGCCAUUUGCUAGUUUUAUUUAUAAACCUAGGUCUAUUAAUAGCAGAAGUUAAGUCAAUGCAUAUUUUGAUAUAAUUUACAGAGCUGUUUUGAUAUAUGUGUAUUACUGUGUAAAGGAUAAAAGGGACAAACAUUAUACUUACCUCUUAAUAUUAAACAAUUAGAUUGUGUGAAGUUAUUUUUGUAAAUGAGUACUUAAAUAGAUUGUGACGUAUGUCUGUC